AGUUUAUAUAACUUGUUCUUUCUGCCCAAUUUAUUAAAAUCAACAAGAAUUUACUAGUAUCAUGUUGGCCAUUGGUGACGUUAUAUUGAGAGCCUUUAACUUUGUUAUAUUGGUCAUUGCCUUAGGUUUGACCGGUUCGUUGGCCGCCACUACCUCUGACCACACAAACCCCCAAGUUAACUUUGCUGUAUUUGCUGCUGCUUUUGGUCUCUUGACCUCAAGUGUCUAUGGAGUAUUUGCUUACUUGUUUGCCGCCUUUGCCUGGCCUUUGAUUUUGGCGGUGUUUGACUUUUUGAACCUCAUCUUCACCUUUGCCGCUGCCACUGCCAUUGCUGCUGCCAUCCAUGUUCACUCUUGUUCUAAUGAUGACUACGUUGAUGACAACACCAUUGCUCAAGGAAGUUCCGGAAGAUGUAGAAAGGCCCAAGGUUCGGUUGCCUUCCUUUACUUUUCCUUUGCUAUCUUUUUUGUGUCGACGGUGUUUGCUUUCAUCUCCGUUCUCAAGGGUGGUUUGUUUGGCACUUCCUCCAAGUCUGCUCCAAGAGUAGGUGUUCCAACCAUGUCUCAGGCCUAAGUCCAUUUUCUUACCACUACCCCCAUACCCUUCUUGAAUGCGACAUUAUUGGUUGACUCAAAAUAAGUGGUGGUGGUAUGGAAGUGUGCCUCCCCCUUUAGAUAACUCCUUUAUUUUGAAUAUCAGUGUUCUGUGUUUAGUGUAUUAUUUUGUUUUGUAAAAGUCACUUUUAGUCAAUAAACUAAUUUGAGUU